AGAAGAUUCUGGUACGGCCGUGACAUCAUUCGCUGAUUCCAGCACCAACCAGAUGAUGCGAGGGUGAUGCAAACAACGUGACCACUCCCACCCAGAAAGACCCAGAAACGUCUCGCGAUGACCUUCCCGUCUGCUCCCCGACUGUGUUUCCUUCAGCAACGCAAUGCAAGCAUCGCGCAGUCUGAGACUAGCAUCGAGAACGCUUCCAGCCCUUCGACUAAGGCAACCGUCACUCCUCUCGCGUAGCGCAUCCACACCAACCCGACGCAACAUGUCUCUGUGGCACCCGCGCUUCUCGCACACGCACUCGGGCGCCCCCGGCUUCUCGUCCCUGUUCCGCAUGCUGGACGACUUUGACCGGUACGCCGCCCAGCAGCUGGGCAAAUUCGAGGGCAGCACGAGCGUGGCCACCUUCUCGCCCCGGUUCGACUUGGCCGAGCACAACAACAAGUACGUGCUGCAGGGCGAGCUGCCCGGCGUGGCACCCCAGAACGUCGAGAUCGAGUUCACCGAUGACCAGACCCUCGUGGUGCGCGGCCGCACUGAGCACUCGCGCACCGAGGGCGACCCGGCCCUGCUCGAGGGCACCUCCGAGACCAAGCGUGUCGAAGGCGGCGAGCAGAAGCCCCGGUACUGGCUGAGCGAGCGGUCCUAUGGCGAGUUCUCGCGCGUCUUUACCUUCCCGGCCGCCGUCGACCAGGACAAAGUCCAGGCCAAGUUCAAGGACGGCGUCCUCGACAUCACCGUGCCGAAGGCGGAGAAGAGGGGCGGCAAGAGGAUCACCAUUCAGUAAUGGCAAGAUCGAGGAACCGCUUGGAGUUGGACGCUGAGUGGAUGGAAUCGGUGUGUACGAGAUUGGCAGGCAGUGAUGCGUUUCUUCUUUCGGGGUAGUCAGUUUAGGGAGCAAUCAAGUCCGUCAUUCCUUAUCCUUUUUUUUUUUUUUUUUUUUUUUUUU